AUGAAAUUUAUUUUCCUAAUCUGGAGGAAUGUCUGUUCUGCUAUGCAGUCUGGGAUGGCUAGUGCUCUUGAAACUCUUUGCGGGCAGGCUUAUGGAGCCGAGCAAUACAAGAAAGUGGGGAGUUUAACUUACGGAGCUAUUUUAUGUCUCGUUCUAGUAUGCAUACCGUUGUCCGUGCUGUUCACCUUAACCGAAAAGUUGUUGCUCAUGACGGGCCAAGACCCUUUAAUAUCGGCACAAGCAGGAAAAUUCGCAAUCCAACUUAUUCCCACGUUGUUCCCUUACGCGAUCCUUCAGUGUCUUGUUCGUUACUUGCAGGCUCAGAGUUUGAUAUUCCCUAUGGUUUGGAGCUCAUUAGCGGCUCUGGGCCUUCAGCUUCCCUUGUGUUGGGCUUUCGUUUUCAAGUUGGGCUUCGGAAACACGGGGGCUGCAUUGUCUGUGGGGUUAUCAUAUUGGUUUAACGUUGUCUUGUUAGUGUUGUAUGUGAAGUAUUCUCCAGUAUGUAAUAAGACGUUUGUUUCGUUCUCGAAGGAUGUUAUGGUUUCUCUUAAGGAGUUUUCUGGGCUCGCUAUACCCUCUGCUGCUAUGGUUUGCCUCGAGUGGUGGUCCUUCGAGCUGAUUCUGUUGCUGUCCGGUUUGUUGCCAAAUCCACAGAUAGAGACAUCAGUUCUUUCUAUAUGCUUCACGAUUUCCUAUUUGCACUAUCACGUACCAUACUCAUUUGGUGCAGCUGCAAGCACUUUGAUCUCGAACGAGCUGGGAGCAGGAAGACCAGAAUCAGCACGAUUAACUCUCCUUGCAGUGUUAAUCCUUUCGAUUUUCGAGUUCCUUGCAGCCAGCAUUGCCAUUAUAACUUGCGGCCAAAUACUGGGGUAUGCAUUUAGCAAAGAAGAAGAAAUUGUCGACUAUGUCCACAAAAUGGCCCCUUUUCUUGGCCUCUCGAUCAUCAUGGACGGCCUACAGGCAACACUUUCGGGAGUUGCCAGAGGUAGCGGGUGGCAACAUAUUGGGGCUUAUGUGAACUUAGGGGCUUAUUAUCUCGUCGGUACACCAGUGGCUUUGCUGCUAGCAUUUGUUUUGCACAUGAAAGGCCAAGGCCUUUGGAGUGGUCUUUUGGCGGGCGCAACUGUACAAUCCAUCAUGCUUUCUGUUGUAACCGGGCUCACGGACUGGGAAAAACAGGCACUGGAAGCGCGACAGAGAAUUUUUACUGGGGAUUUUCCGACUGAAAAGGAGUCCACUCGCAAAAAGUACGGAUAUUUGGCAGAGAACGACGUGUUAGAAAAGAUAUGCAAAGAUUACCGAAAGACCGCAAAUGUUGAAAACCGCAGGGGUCGGAGGUAUGGAUUGUUGCGGAAAGUUAAGUACCUUCCAGCGACCGACAUCUGCUCAGCCGAGUUCCGCCCGGAGACCAGCAGCUCCGACAUCCGCGCACAACCCCGACGGCGACAACCUCUGCGCGCGCUCCAAUCUCCGGCCACAGCGAGCCUCAACUCCGAGCUCAAAGCUUUGAAAUCUGGAGACCACCAAACCAGGCCUAAUUUCCAGCAAUCGAGUUCCGUUCGGGCUCUAUCUACUACCACCUCGGCUAGUCUCAACUGUGAUUGCGAGCUCCUGACCAGCAGCCCCGACACCCUUCAAGCCCAGCCGCGGGCUCGACUACCGGGACACUUUUUGUGCAUUCCCGAGGUACUUAGGCUUGACUCUCUUGAUUUAUGUCGAUUGUUAGAGUUGACGUGGAGAUUGGGUGAUUGUGAUUUGAAUUGUAAUUGA